AUGAUUGCUGAGCCAAAUUUUCAUUGGACUCAAAUCGGGGUCGCAGCCCGCGAGCAGAAAAAUAGAGUAAGCAAGAAAGGCGUCUUCCGUCUCUCUUCUCAUUUUCGUAUCCACGAGCACACGAGCAAAGCCGAGCAAGACCAACACUUUUUCGGCAAAGCUUCCGAACGCAAAGGGUCAAGCACGGACAGGAGCAGCCUGUUCGCCAAGGAGCUCGAGCAGGAAGAUAUCCGCAACGACGAGAGCAAGGCGCAGAGAGCGAGAGCGAGAGAGGCUAUGGCGCAGCAUGGUAGAGAUGCUAACUCGCAUCCCGACGAGCCUCCACCCAAGCGACGCACGCUCCAGAUCAAGCUAGGCAGACCACGCCCAUCUUCCGACAUUCAGCAGGCCGAGCAGGCAUCUCCAUCGCUGAACCGCACUCGACUCAGCAGCUCGUUCGGCGGUGGCGGCGGCAUCCGCAUCUCGCUCAAGAGGAAAGCAUCAGUGCCGGAAUCACAGGCUACUCCGCCUAGGUUUACUUCCCUUCAUGCAGAAAGUGGCGACGAGGAUGACCACGAAGAUCAAGGGCAAGUAGGCUCGGCCGACGAUUCCGAGCAAGAAGAAAGCGACGAGGAGGAGGAGGAUGAUGAUGACGAUGACGAUCAGGCUGAAGAUGAGGAUGGGGAAGGGGAGGAAGGGGCUGAUGACCAUGACCAGGAGCAAAACGAGGAGACUGGUGCAGUCAAUGCUGCAACAAGCGGCGAUGCUGCAUCCAAUCCACGCAUUCGUGGCAAGAACGGCGCGUUCAAGGGCACAAGCGCUGCCGCCAGCAGCUCUCACCCUUCACGGCGACCCAUCAAACGCUUACGAUCCAAAGGUCUCUAUGAAGCGCUUCCUAAGCUGAUCGAGAAUCUGCAGCGCCGUGACAGCUACAAAUUUUUCUGCGAACCCGUGAACCCGGACGAAGUUCCUGGCUAUUCCGACGUCAUCAAGACGCCCAUGGAUUUUGGCACCAUGCAACGCAAGGUCGAUGACCGCCUGUACAGUCACAUGGACGAGUUUCAGGCUGAUUUCCAGCUCGUCGUCUCGAACGCAAUGACGUUCAACCCCGAGGGUACGCUGUAUUACAACGAGGCCAAGCGCAUCACGGCGUGGGGCAAUAGGGCCAUCGAGCGCGAAGGCAUGGCUGUCAAUGAUAACGGUCGCGCAGGCGUCAAGGGUGACGAGAUCCGGCGACAAAAGAGGCUCGCCAGAGAAGCGGCUGCAUCCACAUUGGCUAGCGGAUCAGGUCUCGACGGAUCACCCGCUGCCGCCGAAUCAUUUGGUCGAAGACAGCUCCGCGGCGCUGCGCUUCACCAACACCAGGCGCUAGGCGAUGCCAGUAUGCAGCAGGCAGCUGACGCAGCUUCGGCGGGACUUGAUGACGAAACGACAAGACGCUCUGCUGCGCGUGGGUCUCGCUUCGCCUUCAGCGCAGGGGUUCAGGCUAUUAUGGAAGCUGCGAGGGUCACAUCGCAGGCAAGGCAAAGAGCGGCUAUAGCACUCGGCUUGACCGGGGGUACACUGACCCGCGAAGACUCGGUGCAGCCAGGCGCGGGCUUCAAAGGCCAGGGUGACGCUGACAUGGAUAUCGACGAUGACGACGACGACGAGGAGGUCUCGGACGAAGAAGGAGGUGCGCGGGUCAGUGUUGCUCGAGAAAGAGAGUUGCGCGAGCGUUCUGCCACGGCUGACGGGACGGCUUCUACCAUCGGCCGUCGAUUUGACUCGUCGCAGCCAGGCGGCACUCCAUCGACGCCGUUGGGACAACGCCAGGCUAGUCCCGAUGCGCUGAGAAGACGUCUUGCGGCAGUGACAGGUACACCAAUUCAAGCCUUGGCUAGCCCCAUGGGGAUCGUCGCAGGCGCAGCAAGUGGGACAAGCAGGGCUUCCAAGCACGCUAAGCACAAGCAGCGUCUCGGUGCGCCAGGAACGCCCAAGCGUUUGCUGGCACGGACGGGUCUGACUGGAUCCGCAACCCCAUUAGCUGGUACAGGAGCUGCUGGUGCGGCAACCACUGCUGCCGGAACACCUGCAGAGGUUACUACUGGUGCGGACGCCGCAGCUGCAGCUCAGCUGAUCGCCAACCUGUCCCAGACCCAGCUCCAGCCCUCCGUGGCGUCCUACUCGUUCGACGACGACGGCUCGAUCAACCCAGAAGACAUCGAUGAUCUGCACGCUUUCUUGACACUCCAUCGCAGCGACAAGCACGUGCUGAUGCCGGUCAUUGAGUCGCUCUAUCCGAUUCCAUUUGUUCCUGGUGAUUACACUAACACUAGCGGCAUAGACGACAAGCACAAAGAGUCAGACAAGGAAACGGAAAAGGAGCGCUACAAAGAGAAGGAGAAGGCCAAAGACAAGAACGCUGCAGACGAUGGCGACGACGAUGACGACGAGGGCAAGGGCGAUGCCCGGGAGAAGGGUGACAAAGACCCACUUUCGACGCUUCCGCCCUCGCGUCCUGGUGCGCCAGACCCGCUCUAUUCCGCCAUAGCACCCGAGCCUGAGCCUCUACAGAGCAACCUCAGCCACGAUGUGGAAUCGCUCCCGCCCAACUUCCGCAACCUGCCGUUCCACACGCCCAGCUUGCCUGCCAAGUCGCUGCAGGGUGCUCGCUCGCUGAGCACGCCCAGCUCAUGGAGCAAUCCUGCCUAUGCCGAGGCACUCAAGAACGACAGAAGACCCAAAAAGCAAAAGGACAAGGAGCGCGAGAAGGAACGCGAGACGCUCGAAGACUGGAGCUAUUUCCGUCCCACUCUUGCACGCCUGCUUGAGAUCACGGAUCUUGGCCCAUUCGGUGCCUUGGUGCCGCGUGUCGAAUGCGACAAUUCGUCUUCCUUGAGCUCCGGCAAGUCUAUCAAAGAUGCCCAACAAGCCGCGGCAGCGACGUCACCAGCUCAUGCAUUCUCGACGAGCCUGCUGGGAAGACAAGGCGUCGAGGCUAUCAAGGCCGAGCUACGACAAAAGCGACAAGGCCUUACUCUGCCAAGGGAGAUCGUGCGGCGGUACAUCGCUGCUGCCCGAAAUUGCAAUACCAAGGCGAUCGCGGACACGUUCUCUGAGGUAGAAAGGCAGGAUGCGAGUCGGAGCCUCUCAGACAUGGUCUACGCGGGCGUCGCCGGCCAUGCUUACGUUCGCAGUGUGGGCGAGUUUGUCGCCGGUGCAACGCACCACGCCAUGCUUUUGGACGAGGCGGACGAUGCGAACGAACAGCAGAUUGCAGAAGCAGAAAGGAGGCUCCUGUUGGCGGCAGCGUUGCGCAAGGUGAAGGAUGCCGAGGCGACGCCCGAACCCACCGCUGCUUCACGUCGUGGUCCUUUCCAGUGGCGCGACACCACGGAAGAAGUGAGUGGCGGCACAGCUACACCGUCGGUUGCUCCUGAGAAUGUGUCUGGCCAACCAGAUGCUACCUCCACUGCAAGAGGCACACCGGCAGCAGAGGUGUCCAACGCUGUCGAUUCGGCCAUCUCCGAGCUGCUCGAAGAGUGCGACAAGGUGGAAGCCAAGCUGGCUCCCUUGCCAAAACCACUCGCUAAGCUGGUGGAAGAAGAAGUGAUCCGACCUAUCACCGGUCAGACUCUUGACGUGCUGCAUCUGGUUGCCGUGCACAUCAAGUCACACGGCUCGGAAGCGCUUGAUGUGGAAGAAAUCGAGGCGCGUCUGCUGCAGAACAAGAUCAGGCCACACCGGAUCGAGGGUGUGGACGCUGCCUUGCUUGCGGCUCCCCCCGCCAAGCCAACGGUACCAUCGGCUGCACCCGUUGAUGCACGUGUACAACCACAACCGCAGCCGCCUGUUGAGCUGCCGCCGAUUCCAUACACUGCAGAGCUGGACUGGCUCAAAGACCAGCCGGACCUAACACGGCUCUUGGACGAGGCCCGUCACGAUGUCGACAGCCUCGGCUCGAUCCUCAACUACGUCGUCCAGAGCGCCUGA